GGACCUUUUCGUCCUUUGCCCUGGAAGCGCUUCUUCCUGGUGCGCUUCUGCCUUCCCGGAAGCGGCGGGCGACUGACCUGAGAGGAAGGAAGGAAGAAAAGGAGGACGGGACGGGGGAUGUCAAGCCCGGUGAGGAGCGAGGAGCACUGCAGCGCUGGAGGCUUAGGCUUAGCUCUAGUACUAAAUCCUGUGGAAAUUCUUGUUUAUGAAACAGUUCCUGGUUUAAAGUUGAAAAGAGAUGGCCUUUAUAAGAGAUUCUUCAUUCAAGAAAUUUAUUAUUAGGAUUCAUAUUGACUAAGGAUUCAUUGACUGUUAUAAUGGAAAAAUCAUGGAUGCUCUGGACUUUCAUUGAGAAGUGGCUACUUGCCUUGGUGUCAUGGUCCUGGGCCCUUUGCCGUAUUUCCCUCUUACCUUUGAUAGUAACUUUCCAUUUGUAUGGAGGCAUGUUUCUGCCUUUGUUAAUAUUUGUGUCUAUUGCAGGUAUACUGUAUAAAUUCCAGGAUGUCUUGCUUUAUUUCCCAGAGCAGCCCUCUUCAUCACGGCUUUAUGUUCCUAUGCCUACUGGCAUUCCUCAUGAAAACAUCUUCAUCAGAACCAAAGAUGGUGUAUUGCUCAAUCUAAUUCUUCUCAGAUACACAGGAGACAAUUCCUCAUAUUCGCCUACUAUCAUUUACUUUCAUGGGAAUGCCGGAAACAUUGGUCACAGACUUCCAAAUGCCUUGUUGAUGCUAGUGAACUUGAAAGUCAACUUACUGCUGGUUGACUAUAGAGGCUAUGGGAAAAGUGAAGGCGAACCAAGCGAAGAAGGCAUCUACUUAGAUUCGGAGGCUGUUUUAGACUACAUCAUGACUAGGUCUGAUCUUGAUAAGACAAAAAUUUUCCUCUUUGGCCGUUCCUUGGGAGGAGCAGUUGCUAUUCAGCUAGCAUCUGAGAAUUCCCAUAGAAUUUCUGCCAUCAUGGUGGAGAACACCUUCCUUAGCAUCCCACAUAUGGCCACCACGCUGUUUUCUUUCUUCCCCAUGAGGUAUCUUCCCUUGUGGUGCUAUAAAAACAAGUUCCUCUCCUAUCGAAAAAUAUCUCAGUGCAGAAUGCCUUCCCUUUUCGUCUCUGGGCUUGCUGACCAGUUGAUUCCUCCAGUUAUGAUGAAACAACUCUAUGAACUUUCCCCUGCUCGGACUAAAAGAUUAGCCAUUUUUCCAGAUGGAACUCAUAAUGACACUUGGCAGUGCCAAGGCUACUUCACUGCACUUGAACAGUUCAUUAAAGAAGUGCUAAAGAGUCACUCCCCCGAAGAAACAGAAAAAAUGUCAUCAAAUGUAACAAUAAUAUAACUAAUUCCAACCUGUCUUUCUGAUUGUACCUGGACUUGUGGAAAGUGAUAACGAAUGACCAUUUUGAAAAUGUGUGCUCUGUCUGUACCUAUCUAAAGAAUGCAAUUAAACAUGGAGAGAUCUGCUAAUUUGUGAUCCAGAUAGUUUUUAUAUUCAGUACUGUAAAUGGAGGAAUACUUAGUUUGUUAAUGCUAAUUUUAAGACCCUUUUCAUAAAGACACAUUAUAUCAAAUUGUUGCUGAAUUAAAGCUAUGCUGAUUUUAAGGGAAGAGCAAAUUUGUUACAGAUCAUGCAUGUUUUGAUGUCAAAGGUGUAUAUGGUUACCAGAACAUACUUUGCAGCUUUGGUGUUUUUGAUAAACCCCAAAUUCUGUUGUUAUGCAUGAGUGAUAUUGUACGCUUAAAGUUAUAUACUGCAGUAAAGCAGUAUGCAGUUAACUCAGACAAGGCUACAUAUAUGACUUCUAAAUAUCAUAUUCUGCCUUAAGGACAAAUGAAAAAUUAUGCAUUUAAAGUAGAUGCUGCAGUAAUUUUGAUAUUGUAAUACAUUGACAAAGUUAAGCAGCCUUGUUGGUCUACAGGCUGCUGUGUUUGCCUCUUGCACUAAAAUAUUGGCUUCUUUUAAAUUAAAUUCUUGGUGCCAUUGAUGGCUCAUCCUCCAAAAUCCUUGAGAUGGAAAAUGCAGCUAUAUAACAGUCUUACUGAAACACUGAUCAUUACUAAAAUGGCAAUUGGGCAACAUAGAGGAAUAGGAAUAUUUUUCAUAUUUUAUUUAUUAUGCUUCCCCCCCUGCAGCUUUUGUGCUAUUUUAGAAAACUUUUAAAUCUUUUUUCUCAAUGGACAAAUAAUAAUGAUGAAUAAACCUUUUCCCUGGAACUUUAUGUCAAGGUAGGGUUUUUAGCCAUUUUGCUUGAUGCAGUUAUGCAGUUAUCUAUGUAAAUCACAUGACUAGAUAAAACAUUAAUAUAAACCACAACUAUUUAUCCAUAAAAGCCAAUAUCUUAUUUCUCGUGAAGUAUUUGUGAAAUAAAAAGAGUUGAUCAAGUAAACUUUGAAAUGGUUGUGUCGGAACAAAUAGUGAAGACAUAAGUACUAAAAAAUUAGGGGUUUGAUAUUGUGCAUUCUUCAGCAAAAUCAGGUCAUUCUUGGCUCUGGGUUUUUCCUCAAAACAAUACGUGUGCUAUGAAAGGUUUCCUUUCCAAGAAAAAAUACCCUUAACUGUUCUAGAUUGCCUCAGAAUCUUAUAGAAGCUGCCACUUAUUUUUUGAUUUAUUUCAAGAUACAUUUUUUUUAAAAAAAUACUUCUGUCAAUGCCUUGUUUUGAGAGCACAAAAGUGGUGUAAUAGCAUAUGCAUAUGUUUUGUAGGAUAGUGAAAUCUUGCAUUCUUUCAUUGUGAAGUUUUAUUAUGUCUGAUUUUUCCUUGAUUCCUUUAUGCCCUUUCAUGUUACAUGCUAUAUUCCUUGCCAUCUUCCCCAACUUAUUAUCCAUUUUCUCUGUGUUCAUUAUGCUGUGUAAACUCUAUCCUGUGUAUUUUGCAGAAAAUAUCAUGGAAUAUGUUUCACUAA